ACGCGAUGAGAUGACUACAUGAACCGUGCCAUGUCGACGGCGGCGAUAGAGGCAGCAGCAUACAUCCCCAGUCGGCCAGCAUACAUCCAGCAUACAUCCCCAGUCGGCCAGCAUACAUCCAGCAUACACCCCCCAGCUCGUUAGCCAGUCAUGGUCACGAUGGAGAUCAGAUCCAUGAUGGCUGCUAAAGCCGACGAAAAUGGCGAUCAACAGCUUCCUGCUCCGACGUUGGGGUUUCUUUCGCAGUCAGCGCCUCCGGCUCUUGCGUUUUCGUUUCAGAAUCGACAACUUCCUCCGCUUCCUACAAACUCGAAUCAGCAGAGUACGCAGUUGCCGCCCAUACAACAUCUCGGGCAUCCGGCGCCUGCGAGGCCGAUUCCGCCUGCUAUGUCCUAUCCUGAACAACAUUCUCAGCAAUCCCAUGGCCAGUAUUUCAACGGUAAUGCUAUGUCUGAAUCGCUGCCCGAACACACACUCCCACCCCAUUACGACUACUCCACACAUCACACCUCUCGUCCACCCCCUCAUCGUCCGCACUCCUCACUUCUCGCCGGUCUCCCUUCCAUGUCACCUCCCACCAGCAUUCACCAAUCUCAGCAACACCAAAGCUUGCUGAGAAGAGCCGACCCCGUGAUCCAACAAUAUGACAUCCUCGGCCGUCGUAAACCCAAGUCACCGCGUGAACCGCACUCGUGGUCUCCAGCACAGGAUGCCUUAUUGAGGAGGUUGAAGGAGAAAGAAGGCAUGGGGUGGCGUGAGAUCGCUUUGUAUUGUACGUCCACUCCAUGAAUCAAAGUUUGCGAUUUGGUGUUCCAGCUAACUAAUGGGCGUACGCAGUUCCCGGCCGAACAAGCAACGGCUGUCAAUUCCGCUGGCGAAGACUUUCAGGUGGGAAGUUGAAAU